CUCUCUCUCUCUGAAAGAAGAAGAUUGGAGAGGUUACUUUCUCUCUUUUGUUUUUUUUUUUUUUUUGGUCCCCCAGCCAUGUUGCUAUGUUGUAGGAUAGAGCCAUUCUUUGAAUUUUUAUUCACGGGUUGGUGUUUUUACGCACCGUACCUAUUGUAUAAACUCCCGUUUGUAUCAUCACAUCUCAGAAUUACCCUGAUCCUGCUCAGUUGGAUUUUGGUUCCAUUUCUAGGAUGCAGCAAGCUGAAGGUGACAUCAGAAACUUGGAUAGGAUUAUUGUAAGUUGUACUUGAGAGGGUCAACAUGUGAAGCUUUCUCGACACAGGAACAAGAAGAACAAGCGAAAUGUCGGAUGCAAAAUCGAGCGAGCUUCUUGCUCCUUGCUUUUGUUGGUGGGCCUGCUGAUAGAUGCAUAUGUUUUCCCAGAACAAUGUCUACUUCCAUAAAUACUUGCAGUCAGGUAUGUAAUCUAGCUUGGUCUAAGAACAUAAACAAGCUGGUAAGCACGCAUUGGAUGGUCCCAAAACCAAAUAACAUACUGGAAAUACCUAACCAUCUCCAAAGUUACACAGACCGAUUUAUGUUCCUUGCGGUAUCACCUGAAGGAAAAACGAAUGCAAACGGAGCAGGAGAUGAAACCUUCAGGUUCUGGAAUGUCUUCCGGUCCAUGAAAGCUCAGAAAGGCAAUAUCAAUCCUGGCUGAUUUGGGAUAUAUAUGCCAGUAUGAUUAAUGUGAUUUAAAGCAACAGGCGCUGGUUCAGCGGACUCGACAUGGUAGCAUUGGCCUUUCCAUUUUCUCCUUUAAGACAUUCCCACCGUCGAUCAGUGAAUUAGGAAGGGUUUUGAACAUGUGAAUUAAUUGGAACCUCUCAAUCCUACUUUGAUUAUAGUAGAGAAUCUGGAGCUCCUUGAAGGGAUUUGCGGGCAGCCCCUUUAACUGGAGGCAGAAUAUUAUAUCAGUUUCCCCUGAGAAUAUAUACAGUAAUGUUGUAUGUAGUAGUAACAUUAGACUGUUGCUUAUAAAUUACAUCUAGCUCAGGGAAAAAAUAGUUAAAGUUAUAAUAAUGUAACAAUAAAUAUUAUUGUAUGGUGAGUGAUCGUAUUUCACCAUGUACCCUAAGAGGAGCAUAUGUUGAAGGCUUUGCAACAGCAGCAACUGGAAGACUAACAGGAGUGGGUGAACGGGCACCGUUGUGUGGUGAGCAAGCGUGAUCAGUGAAUAACGGUUUGUUGUAUGCGUUUAGGGUUUUACAUAGCCGAUGUUGCUAAUUUUAACCUCUACCAAAAGCAUAAAACUUUCGCUGAUAUUAUAGACUAACUAGGAGUAUUUAUUGCGCCAUGCGCAGAUAUAAAAUAUUUAAAAAUAUUAUAUAUAAAUAAAAUUUUCUAUUUUUAUAUUUUACUUUUAUUAGUUUAAAAAAAAAUCAUAAUGUAAUUGUUUUUAGUUUGAUUUAUUCAAGUUUAUUUUGACCCUUUAAUUUUGCAUUACUUAACUUUUGAUAAAAAUAAUUGAAAUUUAUAAAGUUACUUUAUUAUAUUAUUCUUUAUUUAAAUACCAUUUUUAAAUAUGUCUAUUUGUAAAUAUAUAAAUUAUUUCUAAUAAUAUAUACAUUAAAUAAAAAUAACUUAUAUAUGUUGAUAAAAUAUAUUUUAAACUACACUUAUUUUGAUAAUAAAAAUAUUAUUCAUAUAUUGAUGUAAAAUUUUAAUAUUCGUAAUUAUUAUUUAUAUAUAAAAACAUAUUAUUUUAAUAGAUAUAAAAAAGUUAUUAGGUAUCAUAAAAUCUUGCCAAAAUGAAUAUUUACUGAGAAAAAAAUAUUUUUGAUAUAAAAUUUAUUAGUUAUUACUAUAUUAUGAAACUUUUCCAAAAAUAUAAAUCUGUGUAUAGAAAAUCAUCAUUAUUAUAUUUAAGAAAUCUUACUAAAAACAUAAAUCUAAAUAUAGUAAAUUUUACACAUAUACAAAUCACUUCUUAAAUAUAGUUUAGGGGAUAUUAACUGGCUUCAACUAUCACAUAUGUUAAGUUAACAAAAUAUAUAUGUUGUAUAUCGAUUUCAAUGACAGUUUUCUAUUUUUUGUGCUUUAAAAACAAGAAAGAGAAAAUUCAAUAUCGUAGUUAUUCAAAUAUCAUGUAUGUAUGUAAAUCACUAGAAAAUGGUGUAAUUGACAAUUUAGACCACAGAAAUUACACAAACAAUUUGAUAUAAACAUUUUUGGGAAACACAAAGUAACAAUCAAAUUAUAGUUGUUCUUCAAAAAAAAAACAA